GGCUGUUGGUACUUUUUUGUGAUACGUAGACGGAUCAAUCAAACAUGGCAGGCGCUCUGCGGCCAUGGCUUAAAGAAGAGCUGUUGAAAGCGCUCAACGACGCGAAAGAGCUGCCCAUCGACAUGGGAAGGCUCGGGAUCUUACAGAUUCAGAAGUUCACCGACUACGAAGCGGACCCCAGCGCUGGGAAGAUGAUCAGUGCGCAACUCUCUGACAAGGACACUUACAUCCACUGCUACUUCACCUUCAAAUGCCAGAAAGAGUUCGAACAGAUCCGCGAAUCACGUCUCACCCAACACAAAGGCGCCCUCGUCAAACUUCUCUCCUACAAACUCAACGUCGCCCACCACAAACAAACACGCGUUAUAUCCCUCGAGGUUGACGAGCUUGCGUAUAAGUCAUCGCAGGGGGAAGCUAUUUUUGGGGAUCCGAAGGCUGCGCAUAAUUAUCCUGAAAUUAAGAGGGUGUUGAGGAUGGAUCACAUUGAGCGGUUGAUGGGACCGGAUCCGUUGGAGAGUGUGAAGGAGAAGGAAGUGACGCCGCCGCUGCCACCACCAAAAGAGAAGACUCCGGAGAGCAGUCCGCUGCUGACGUCGCAAAUAUAUCAGACUCAGAUGCCGAUGGAGUCUCAAUUCACGACGCAAGCACCACCAGAAGACGAAUCGAAAGACGAGGAAGUCGGCGAGCUCGCAGAGGAUCAUGAGCCUCAGCCGGACUCCGAAUCAGAAGAAGAGGAAGAAGAGGAAGAAGAGGAGGAGUAUCUCCACCCAGCCUGGGGAGGCCUGCGAUGGGAGAACCUCAAGUGGGAAGACAUCCGCAUACCACCUGAUCAGCAAGCACUUCUUGACCGAGAAGACGCCUGGUAUUGGCCUGGGUGUGAUGACCCUGUCGAGGAAGUUUUAGAGGAUGAGGAACAGGUGUAUCUUGAGCAUAAUGCGAAUUUGGCUAUGCCGGAUAUCGUUAAUGAUGAUCCGCUAGCCGGUCAGCGAUUGCAGGGUGCUAAGGAGCAAGUGAUGCCUUCGAGUGCGCAACCUGCGAUGUCAAAUCAGAAUGCUCCAGCUCUUGACGAGGUUGUGACCGCGGAGUCAGACAACACCGCGCAGUUCAUGACACAAGCCCCAAUGGACCUCUCUCAAAAAUCCGAGCACAAUCCAACCUCAUCAGACGACCUAAGAACUCAGCAACACUCAGCGUUGUCAGAAGCAGAUGAACCCGUGCCUUCACAUGAGAAGCCGUACGGGGAAGAAGACUGGCCGGCGACUAGUCCGGUGCCAGAGGCACAGCCUGAGGAAGAGGCAGAUGAGGAUAACCUGCCAGCCAAAGAUGUUGUGGUUAAGGUAGAGACUACGGUAGUCCAGGCCAUCAAAGAAGAAGUACUGAGCCAGCAAUACGCCAACGACGAUACGGAAAUGGUUGAUCAUCCAGGACCAGAACCACUCCUCGAAGAAUUGGACCUAACCAUCGAGGAACUCCACGAAAUGGAAGAAGAGGAACGCCUCCUUUCCCAACCAGCUCCAUCCCGUUCCUCUCAACCCGAAUCACCCGAGAUUGGCGACGAGUCCGAGGAGUUCAUCGAACAGAGCGCGGAGAAUGGUCUAGGGGACGUUGAACGAAUUUUCCAGUCUUCGGUUGAGGAAGUCGUAUCGAGCUCGGGUGCACAGCAACCUAUUGCUCCACCUCCAACACUGGUGACGGAGCCGGCGAAGGAGGAUGUUGGGGUUAGGUUGGAGGUACGAGAGGAGGUGCAGGUUGAGCGGACGAUUGAGAUCCCUGAUACGGUUUUGCAGGAGUCAGUAUCACAGCCCCCAGAAGCAGCGACCGCACCACUACAGGAGCGUGAGGAGGAGGCACCGCCGGCACCUACUCAAGGCUCCGAGACGCAGGAUAUUACGAGGGAGAUUUUUGCUGAGGACGUAGCGGAGGCGGUCUUAGAUGUUAUUGAGCGGGCUGGGGAUGUGCACAUGGCGGAUGUGCUGGUGGUGGAGAAGCCAAUUGAGGGUUUCACGGCUCCAAAUAGAAGUGAGGUUGUUGUACGUGAGCAGAAUGGUGAAAAGACAUCUGAGAAGCCACUUGAGACUGUUGACAAUAGCAUUGGUGAGGCGGCAGCAGCAGCAGCUACCGUUCCGUCCACCCCGGCAAAUGCAAGUCCAGCUCCCGCCGUACAAAGCCUCGCGAAGGAGCCCUCGGUGAGACGGCAAUCCUCCCUAUCCUCGCUCUUCAAGGAAGCCAUCAUGGGAAACACCCCAAGGACGUCGAAAGCGACUUCAAAACCGUCACAUUUGGUAAGGCUACGUUCUUCCAAGAUCCAAUUGGCAAAUCAAACGGCUAAACGAAAGCGUUCGUCUGAAGUGGCUACUGCAUCGCCAGCGGCAAGCAAGUCUAAUGAAAUGGCGGCUAAAAGGCCUAAGACGAAAGAGAAGUACCCUCGGGUUAUCCCGGAUUUCUCGGGUCUUGAGGCACCGGAGGAGGAUAUUGCUACGAUUAUCAAGAAGGACCGUGCGAGGUUCCUUGCCGAGCGAAGGGCUAAAGAGGGAUUGUCUGCAAUUGACCCAGAUCUUGAGGAAGAAGACGAGGAAAUUGUCGACACUGAGAUGGGACGUUUUGCGAAACUGUGGCUCAAAGUGAACGGAAAAAUCAAAUCUACGAAAGGGAAAGCGGAUCCACUGGACUGGCGCAGGAAAUUGGCGUAAUGAAACAGGCAGGUUAUAUGUGGUAUACCGAUGGAACAACUAACUGCAAUCCUAAAUACAAGCGUAUGCAGAAGCAUAUGACACACUUGAAUCCCUUGCUGACUUCACCU